ACUGUUCAAAAUGAAUGAACAUCCUAAAAAGAGGAAAAGGAAGACACUACACCCUUCUCGAUAUUCAGAUUCUUCAGGUGCCAGCAAAUACAUAGACAACAGUGGCAUUUUUUCUGACCACUGCUAUAGUGUCUGUUCUAUGAAACAGCCAGAUAUGAGGUUUUCUGAAAACAGAGGUAGAUUCCACAGUCCUGUGCAGAGCUUAGACACAGAUGAUGAUGGGAGUCCAGUGCAUGCUGGGACUUCUCACUGGAGUGGGUCCCACUCAAACGUUGUGGGGUUGCACUACACAGACCCUAAAAAGAAGGAGAGAGAUAAAGGUACUAAUAACGGAAUGUGCAGAGACUUAUGUGAUUCACCCAUAUUCAGUGAUAGCCCUACAGAAGAAGAGAAACCUCUAGACAUUCAAACUGUAGAAAUUUCUACAACAGAAGUGAAUGCUGUAGAAGUUCAUGACAUAGAAACACAAACUGUGUCACCUGAGAAGCUAGAAGCUGAGGACCUGGAGGAAAUCCCUCUGGAAACCAGAAUUUUUGAGAAGAAUCAGGCUUUGAAUAUCACAGCUCAGCAGAAGUGGCCUUUGCUGAGAGCCAACAGCAGUGGCUUAUACAAGUGUGAGCUCUGUGACUUUAAUAGCAAGUACUUCUCUGAUUUAAAGCAGCACAUGAUCCUGAAGCAUAAGACGUGUGCAGACACUCAUGUCUGCAAAGUUUGUAAAGAAAGCUUCUCCAGCAAAGUGCAGCUCAUUGAACAUGUAAAACUACACGAGGAGGAUCCGUACAUCUGUAAAUACUGCGAUUACAAAACAGUGAUAUUUGAGAAUCUGAGUCAGCACAUAGCAGACACUCACUUCAACGACCACCUUUAUUGGUGUGAGCAGUGUGACAUGCAGUUCUCCUCCAGCAGCGAGUUGUACCUGCACUUCCAGGAGCACAGCUGUGAUGAGCAGUAUCUGUGUCAGUUCUGUGAGCAUGAAACAAAUGACCCAGAAGACCUGCACAGCCACGUGGUGAACGAACAUGCCUGUCGACUGAUAGAGCUGAGCGACAGCUACAAUAGCAAGGAGCGUGGGCAGUACAGUCUCAUAAACAAAAUCAGUUUUGACAAAUGCAAAAACUUCUUUGUCUGCCAAGUGUGUGGCUUUAGGAGCAGGCUGCAUACCAAUGUCAACAGGCACGUAGCUAUUGAGCACACCAAAAUAUUCCCUCAUGUUUGUGAUGACUGUGGGAAGGGCUUUUCAGGUAUGUUGGAGUAUUGCAAGCAUUUAAGCUCUCAUUUAUCUGAAGGGAUUUAUUUGUGCCAAUACUGUGAAUAUUCAACAGGACAGAUUGAAGACCUUAAAACUCAUUUGGAUUUCAGGCAUUCAGCUGAUUUGCCUCAUAAAUGUACUGAUUGUUUAAUGAGGUUUGGAAAUGAAAAAGAUCUUUUAAGUCAUCUUCAGAUACAUGAGACAGCAUGAUUACUUUCUUUCCUUGUAACCAAUUUAUUAGAAUUGGAAUUCAAUUCCAGUCACUGAAAUCUGAUAUUAAAUACAAUUUUAACAGCAA